AUGGUUUCCCGUACCGGCAAAGCGAAGAGAGGCGUCCCAAAGGAUGUACAGGCCUGGGAUAACCACAGCUGUGUUUCGGUCAUUACUUUCGAAGAUGACAGCGAAGCGAACAACUCCACUGAAUUCAAGGCUACUAUCCCGAAACGAACCCGUGCACAAGAGAUCUUGAACAUUCUGGAUGGUAUUGAUGCAGCUUUGAAAGCAUCAUCCAAGCACGAAAGAAAACAGCUCGGUAAGGAGUACUCCACCAUGCCAAUCCUGAAGCCAGAACGAAAGAAGUCAUUGGAGGGACUCCCCACGAUGCGAAAUGCUGCCUUUGACCGGCCAAUCAAGAAGGAAACCUCGCCAUUUGAUGCAGUCAUCCGAAGAAACGAAGAACGGAUUCAUUUGGGAUAUGGUAUAGGAUCGGCAUUACCUAAGAUGCCGAUGCCAACGGACAAGAUGCGACGAGCCCAAUCGGUUCCUACUGACGUUAAUGACGAAAAGUGGGAAGACAAAUCAUCCAGGUCCCCCAAGAACUCCGUUUUCAAGACUCUUCGCAAACCUGUGCGAAAGGGCUCCAUUGACAUGUCUUCCCCAGACAAAGAAGCUUACAAGAAUUUAAAGCAAGGAAACAAGCAAGGGGCUUCUAUGACCUCCCCAUACAACUCCUGCCUCUCUCUUUCGAAACCAGCGUUUCAGUCAACCUUGAUUGAAGCCGCCACCACGGACAUUUUGUCGAAACCCGUUCGAAGAUUGUCCAUGGACAAGAAAUACGCGACGAUGCAAUAA